CAACUGUCUUCAACAUCUUCGUCACCACAAUCCCAAUGGCAAACGAAAACAAUAGUCUACCUCUCAUCAACAAAAAGCGAGCAUACGCUCGCAGCGCCUCACAUGCCUACGACGAACUCCAAAGUUUCCGAUCAUAUCUCCGGUGGAUGUGCGUUGACCAGUCCAACGGCUGGACUGCAACGCUGUCGUGGUUCGUGUUCAUCAUCUUCACCUUCAUCAUCCCUGGGUUCUCUCAUUUCUACCUGGCGUGUAGCGAUUGCGAUAAUCGGCACGCGAGGCCUUACGAUAGCCUUGUUCAGUUGUCUUUGAGUUGUAUUGCUACGCUGUCGUUUGUUUCGCUUUCGCAGUUUGUGAGGAUUUAUGGACUGAAGAGGUUUUUGUUCUUUGAUAAGCUUUGUGAUGAGAGUGAGACUGUCAGGAAGGGCUAUACUGCUCAACUUAAUAGAUCACUUAAAAUCCUCUCAAUCUUCGUUACCCCUUGUUUUGCUGCUGAGAGUGCAUACAAGAUCUGGUGGUACACUUCAGGUGCAACAGCCAUUCCUUUUUUGGGGGAUGUUAUAGUUAGCGACACAGUAGCAUGCGUCCUGGAACUCGGCUCAUGGCUCUACCGAACCAUCGUGUUUUUCCUUGUUUGCGUGCUUUUUCGCCUCAUUUGUUGCCUCCAAAUCCUCCGUUUACAAGAUUUCGCUCUAGUUUUCCAAGUAGACUCUGAUGUUGAGUCUGUACUGAGGGAACAUCUCAGGAUCAGAAGGCACUUGAAAAUAAUAAGUCAUCGUUACCGCGUGUUCAUAUUGUUUGCCCUCAUCAUUGUCACAGUCAGUCAGUUUACAGCACUUCUUGAUACCACCCGCCACACUGCUGAACUCAGCAUUUUCAAAACCGGCGAACUUGCUUUGGUUUCUGUAAGCCUGCUUGCGGGCUUAAUGAUACUGCUAAGGAGUGCGACUAGGAUCACACAUAAGGCACAAGGCGUGACAUGUCUGGCCGCCAAGUGGCAUGUAUGUGCUACAAUUGAUAACUUUGAGUCACCUGAAGUUGCUGAUACCGAAACCCCGCCUGUUGGUGUUGUUAGCACCUCAGUGUUUCCAUGUGAAGCAUCGUCUUCUGACUGUGAGGAUGUUGGCAGUGAAGAAGAUGAGUUGGACAAUACUAAACUCAUACCGGCAUAUGCUUAUAGCACAAUCUCUUUUCAAAAAAGACAAGCCUUAGUGACGUAUUUUGAGAAUAAUAGAGCUGGGAUAACGUUAUUCGGGAUUAUGCUGGAUAGAACUACACUACACACCAUAGUGACAAUAGAGCUGUCACUGGUCUUGUGGUUGCUUGGAAAAACAAUUGGUAUUUCUUGAUAAAACAACUUUAAGACCAAGAAAGAAUGCAUCCGUUUGGUUACACAUGGAUCAGUUAACAUCAACGGUUGCCUGAAACCACGAAGGACAAUAUCGAUGCUGCAUGAAAACGUUAUCGAAAGGGUUGGAAAGUAGUCUGAAAGAGGGAAGUAGCCAGGAGAACUAUAUUAGUUAAUACUUACACAUCUGUUGAUUAUUAUUGUCGUUUUUUGCCUUUUGCUCUUUGUUCAUAGAUUAAACAAUGUAUAAAUCAUGACUAGAUUAUAACUGGGUGACUUAUGCCCGAAAAAUGAACAAAUGUAUUACAAAUUGAAGUUGCUA